AUGUCUGCAACGUCUACAAUCACUCAAGCUGAGCCGAUUACGGCUCAGAAUAUCCUGCGACUCUUUCCCGACAUCGACACAAGCUCGGCAGAAUUAGAGGGCCACGAUGAAGAGCAAAUCAGGUUGAUGGAUGAGGUCUGUAUUGUCCUCGAUGAGAAUGAUAAGCCUAUUGGAAACUUUAGCAAGAAGAUAUGCCAUCUCAUGACGAACAUUGACAAGGGCCUCCUGCAUCGCGCCUUCUCUGUCUUCCUCUUCAACUCCAAGAACGAGUUGCUCCUGCAGCAGCGCGCGACCGAAAAGAUCACAUUCCCGGACAUGUGGACCAACACAUGCUGCUCGCAUCCCCUUGGAAUACCGGGUGAAGGUGGUGUCGAAUUGGCCGAGGCGGUGAUGGGGGUCAAGAGAGCGGCGCAACGAAAGCUUGAUCACGAACUUGGAAUCAAGGCUGCUCAAGUCCCAAUCGAGAACUUCAAAUUCUUGACAAGAAUCCAUUACAAGGCACCUAGUGAUGGAAAGUGGGGAGAGCAUGAGAUUGACUAUAUCCUCUUCAUCAAAGCCGACGUUGAUCUCAAACCCAACCUGAAUGAAGUCCGCGAUACUCGUUACGUUACUGCCGAUGGGUUGAAGACGAUGUUCAAUGACCCCGCCCUCAAAUUUACUCCCUGGUUCAAACUCAUCUGCCAUUCCUUGUUGUUCGAGUGGUGGUCACAUUUGGACGAGGGGCUGGAAAAAUACAUGAAUGAACAGGAGAUCCGUAGGAUGUGA